AUGGCUUUGCGCGAUAGCGUAUCAAGCUCCUCCACCCCCAACGGCCACGGCGACGGCUACUUCUCGAUGAGGCCCCAAGCCGCCGCCACCGCCCAGAGGCAGACAUCCACGCAGCCGGCACCCCCGGGCAAGCUAGCAGCCCACGCCGCCGCAGCCGGGCAAGUCGACGAGUCCGAAUGGGCCGCCUUCGAAGCCGAUAUCGCCGCCGCCACCGUACCUUACUCCGAGGACGCCAUCAUAUCGGCCGACGCCGUGCCCGCGAACGGGGCGGAUGACGCCGAGCGCGAGGAUGCCACGCGCGCCCUCGAGGAAGAGUUUGACGAGAUGAGCGAGCUCGAGGCGCGCGCGCGGAGGUUAAAGGAGAAGAGGGAGGCGUUACGACUACGUAGCGCAAGCCAGCUCAGCAGCGUCACGGAGCCAGAGGUCGCGAAGCCACCAUCGGGGGCUGGCAAAGAAAAUCAAGACUCGUCUCGGAAACCCACCAGUGACGAGGAUGGGGAUGAUGAUGACGAUGAUGAUGACGACUACGACGAAGAUGAUUACGCCUGGGGCGGUCUUCGCUACGCCGGUCGGGCAUGA